GUGUACAACUAACCUGGCGAAGAAAGACACAUUUCCACCAACAGAGCCGAGUGGCGUGCUUUUGUAAUAUCACGUUACAGCCACGAAAGCACCGUUUCACGGCCAGUCCGCCCCCUGCUGGACACAAUACUGCAAGACAGGGUUAAAAAAAAAAGAAAAAAGGAAAGCCUUUGGGGGGGGCGGGACCAAUGUUGUUUUGCUAAUGUUUGUCACCGCUGUCCAAUCAGAUUUCGCGUUCGGCCCCGAGCGCCAUGCUGAGAUGUCGUUCUAGCCAAUCGCCUUCCAGGACAGACCCGAGGCGGGCGGGGCGAGGCAGAGAAAUUCUUGUGUUGUCAUCUCGUCGAGUUGCGGAGCUCGACGGUGUGUGUGUACAGGGCGGAAUAGCCGACACACACAAUGCGACUCUAGCGGCGAUUGGGUUGCUUUUUAUCCGCUCCACAACCUACAGCGCGCCGGACAAAGAACGUUUGGGCGAGCCGCGCGGACCGAGGCACCGUACAUUUCAAGGCGGAGGCUAAAGCGGGCUAACGCCUUAUUAGCUAUGGAGGAACGGAAGGAGGAGGGAGAAGCCGAGAUCCAGGGGCACGGCCCUGAGCACUGGUUCUCCAAGUGGGAACGACAGUGCCUGGCCGCGUCCGAGCAGAGCGAGCCGGGCGACGAGGAGACGGAGCAGAACCAACAGAAGCUGUGGCACCUCUUCCAGAACUCUGCCACCGCGGUGGCGCAGCUCUACAAAGACCGAGAAUGUCAGCAACAAGGCCUUUCUCUCUGGGUGCCCUUCCAGAACGCAGCCACCGCAGUCACCAACAUGUAUAAAGAGAGUAUGGAGGCCCGCCAGCGCAGCUACGACCUGGGGAUCCAGAUUGGCUACCAGCGUAGGAACAAGGACGUCAUAGCCUGGGUCAAGAAGCGCCGGAGAACCAUCCGGCGGGAGGACCUCAUUAGCUUCCUGUGCGGGAAGAUCCCUCCUCCGCGGACGGCCCGUGCCCCGACCCGAGGUGCCAUGGUCGCCGCCAGCCGGCCGCCGCCGCCCGAGACCGGCAGCUCUGUGGAGACCGACCUGCAGCCCUUCAGGGAGGCCAUAGCACUGCACGGCCUCAGCGGCGCCAUGGCCAGCAUCUCCGUCCGCUCCGGCCCGCCCGGCUCGCCCACCCACCCCGCGCAGUCCCUGGGCCGGCGCAGGAACGGCCUCCACGACGUGGACCUCAACACCUUCAUCGCCGAGGAGAUGGCGCUACACCUGGAUUCCACUGCCAACCGCAAGCGGGGCCCCGCCCCCUGCAGUGACGUCAUCACAGACUCGCCCACUCAUAAACGUAACCGGAUGCUCUGAGCUCCCCUUUCCCUCGCCCGCCCCGCCCCCCGCCCCGAGUGGCCCACUUGCUGGACAGCCGAUGAGAACUGAACCUUGGCCCCGCCACCAAAGCGCCAUCCUAGCUGCAUUGCUACGUGUAAUAAAAAGUGAAAUAUUACAACACA